UGUCAUCCAUCCUUCAUUCUAUAGCAUUCUUAUCAGAAUUUUGUUAUUUGACAAUAAUUUUAGUCAAAUAGUCAUAGGACUUGCAUUUUUAAUGUGUAAUAUUUUUACUGUUUGCUAUUGUUUAUAUUACGUUAACUAGAUUUAAAUGUCAGCUUCGCGUCAUCAAGGUUUGAAUUUAAUUUCCAAAUUAAAUAAUAUUCAUGUAGAGGAUUUGCAAUAUGUGGAGCAGGAUUUGUGCUAUUAUGAAUUGGUGUCAUUGGGCUUUUUGCUGUUUGGCGAUGAACGCGCAAACGCUGAAUUUGCGCUACAAAAGCUACUAAUACUCUCCAAUACGCACAAGGGACGCAGUUGUGGUGGCGCUGAUUUACUCAGCAAAUACAUAAGCGUUAAUCCGCGCAAUUGGCGUGCACAGUUAGUAGAAGCUUUGUCUAUAAUAGGCGCUCGACGUGUCUUACGAAAGCUGGGCUUCGACUGGAAUGAAUUACACUAUCACUAUCUGCCACAUAUUGGCGAACUGAGUGUGCUUGUGCAUCCACUGCUAAAGGCGUUAUAUCGCAUAUGUGAACGUUUGAAACCGGCGCAAGCGGGACAAUUGGUAUUACGCGUCAAUGAACAACGUAAGCAGCCAGAGGAGCAUCUUCGUUUCUAUGAUUUCGCAUAUUUGGAAAUAUUUCUAUUAGACUGGCUAUCGCGGCGCAUUAUUACAUUGGGUGAUGGUGUUGCAAAUGGUGCUGAUGUUGAUGUGUUGUUGGAAUUUUUCAAAUUUAACGAUUUGGAUGCAUUAAAGACACUACUCCUUGAAACAAUUGUAAAUAACGCAGAUAAUAAACGCAUGCACAAUAACGCACAUAUCACUGCGGAUAAUGCGACAGCGAUCACUGGAAAUAGUGAAAAUUAUGCUGCUGAGAAAAACACAACAACAAUGCAAACAGAUGCAAACGCAUCUACCUCAGUACGAGACUGUGAUUUAACCAUAAAUGAAAGGUACGAAGUGCGUCACGAGCGUGCUGGCAUACUAUUAAUCAUCAAUCAACUAAAUUUCCAUGAAGACACCGAUCCUGAUAUGAAGAAAUUAUUGCCAAAAAAAUCGCUCUCACCACGUCACGGUUCGAAUAUGGACAAGGAUCGUUUGAAAGACGUCUUCACGCUUUUCGGUUACAAACCAAAGGUAUUCGAAGAUCUUACACAUAUUGAACUAAUGCAUCGCAUAAGGGAAACGGUCAAAUUAUCUUUUCAAUUUGAUUCGCUAAUUGUGUGCAUACUUUCGCAUGGCACCGAAGGCUCUGUAUAUGGCAGUAACAGCAUACCUGUGGAAAUAUCAGAAAUCGAGCAUAUAAUAACCGGCGACACGCUAGUUGGCAAGCCUAAAUUACUUAUCAUACAAGCAUGCCAGAAGGAUGAAUCACCAAUAAAUGAACGCUACAAGCCCGAUGUGGAGCCACAUCGUUUCAGCGACUUGCUAAAGGCUAUGUCCACUGUGCCCGGCUAUUCGGCAAUGCGCCAUACGCUUGAAGGCACUUGGUUUAUACAAGAACUGUGCGAUGCUGUACAGCGUUUCGGCGAUCGCCGUCACAUUGUCGAUAUUUUAAUUGCUGUUAAUCGCAAAGUCAGCGAGCGUCGCGGAAAUAAAAACGAAAUUAUGAUGCCCAUUUCGAGUUACACGCUACGAAAAUUUUUCUUUUUGCCGUCCCGUAAGUGACUGCUAGCAGCAGUCUAACGCGCUUGCCUGUAAGUCUAAUAGCAAAUGUCGUGACAAUUAGCUUAUGUUCCAAUUGUGAUUAGCGUGUAAUUGCAGUACCAAAAUUUUAAAAUUUUUCGAAAUUCUUGUAGUUGUUUUAAUUAAGUAGCAUUGCGUAAAACCUGCAGUUGUGCCAGACAAGUAUAGUAAAGUAUAUAUUUUACUUCUAGUAUGCAUGCUAUAUUAUAAAUUUUGAUACAAAAAAAUUUGUAUAAAUAAAGCUUUAAAGCAUUUAUAUAACUUACAUUAAAUAUGUCUUACCAAAGUGUUGCCGAAUAUAGCGCAAAUAAAAUUAUUGUUUUAAGUAAUAUAAUUGUUUCCAGCUGUAACACAAUUUAAGCGGUUAAAUCCACUUGCAAGUGAGAAAAAAUGUGUUUUUUGUAACUUCUUUUUGUUUUUUUUUUGAAGCGGCUUGAUAUUUAUAAUAUAAAUGAAAAAUUAUGUGCAUUUAUGGAAUUUAUUGUAUUUUAAUAAGCGGUUAUUCAUAUUGAAAAAUUUUAAACUCAGCUCGCAGCCAAUUACCAAUACACCGAUCACCAAGUGGACCUCCGAAAAAAGUGGUCUGGCGGUGAGUUACAUUUUUCUACCUAAAAUUAUCUUACAUCCAAAAAACUAAAAACUUUAUUACACUAAUUGAGUACAGCUAAUGUUCGAAGAACUAGUCAAAAUUUUAAUUUUUUGAAAAAACGUCGGUUUCCCAAAAUGAAAAAGUCGUUUUCUUGAAAAGAUUUACACCUCGGAGUGUCUUAGAGAAUCGAAAUUAUUAUCAAAAAUUGUAUUGUUUCGAACAUUAACUGACAAAUACAUAUAUAAUAUAUUUAAGCAGUUCGCGUGAAAUUUUCAAGUCGAUCGGUGCAGCCGUUUCGAGAAGUUUUUCUCACUGCCGCUAAAAACAGCGUUUCUAGUUAAAUGCCUUUAAAGUUUUGGAAACCAAUUACGCUAAGUUAAAAAAAAUUUUGCCGGAUUAACUUCAAAUUUUGGUAUAAUAUUUUAAAUUUUACAUAUAUUCGAUAUAUGUAUAUAAAAUAAAAAUUCGAUUUUUUGAAAUGCACAAGUGGUUUUAACCGCUUAAUUUUAUUAGAUUUUAUAUAAAAAAUAUAAUAAACAUCACCUGAAUUCCAAAAUAAAAUACAGUUGCAAAUAUUCUUCUCUUUUGUUAUCUGUAUAUUAAUGCUUUAAUACGUACUGGCGUGUGUUACAUUUUAGUUUUACAAUCUUUUUUAUGAUAAAUGAUACAGUAUUUUUUAUAUAGCACUCAUUAGCGUGCAAUAAGUGUACAAUUUAUAUUUAGCUGAAAUUAAAUUUAUAUUUGGCAUUUUUCUUUUGGUAAUUGAAAACAGUUUUAAAAAAAAGUUUGUAAUUAUUUGUCAUAAUUGUGUUUAAUAAUUAAUUUUAUUUUAGUUUUAUUACUUCUCAUACUUUUUAAUUUCGCUGUGAUAAAAACUUUUUUUU